AUGAGAGCCCUCCGCUACCACGCCCCAGGCGACCUGCGCGUCGACACCGACGUCCCCGAACCCAAAUGCCAACCGCACCAGCUCAAGAUCAAGCCCGCCUUCGUCGGCAUCUGCGGCACCGAUUUGCACGAAUACAGUACCGCAACCUUUGUGCCCAUCGACACCCCUCAUCCAUUGACCGGCGAGAAAGCCCCUGUCGGCGUCGGACACGAGUUCUCCGGGACGAUCACUGAAGUCGGCUCUGAGGUUAAGGAUGGGUGGAAGGUAGGCGACAAAGUCGCUGUUCAACCGACACUCUGCUGCUGGAGUCAGGGGAAGCAUGCGGGGUGUGACGCGUGCGACCAAUCUGCUAUCAACAUCUGCUCGUCUGGCGGGUUUGUUGGGCUCAGUGGUGGCGGUGGUGGUGUUAGCGAUUUCGUGUGCAUUGAUUCACAGUUCGCUUUCAAGCUGCCCAGCAAUGUCGAUUUGGAUGUUGGCGCGCUCGUCGAGCCGUUGGCGGUCGCGUGGCAUGCAGUCGAUCAGUACGAACUGCGGAAGGGUGACGCAGCGUUGGUGCUAGGCGCGGGACCGAUCGGGCUGAGUGUGAUCCAAUGCCUGAAGGCCCGUGGCGCCGAGACGAUUAUUGUGGCGGAAGUGGCGGCUGAGCGCAAAGCAUUCGCGAAGCAUUUUGGCGCGACGCAUAUUGUUGAUCCGACGAAGGAGGAUGUGGCGGGCAAGGCGAAGGAGAUUACGGGUGGGAAGGGAGUGGAUGUUGCGUUGGACUGUGCGGGUGUGGCUGCGAGUAUCAAGAGUGAGGUUGCGGCGGUGAGGGUGCGGGGGACGGUGGUGAAUGUUGCGAUCUGGGAGAAAGAGGUGCCGGUGCAGCCGAAUUGGUUUGUGUUUGGGGAGAAGAGUUAUAAGGCUGUGCUCGGCUACCUCCAGAAGGACUUCGCUGGCGUCGUCAAAGCUCUGGGCGAUGGGAAAUUACAGCCUACGAAGAUGAUCACGAGUAAGAUCAGGGUUGAUCGGGUUGUUGAGGAUGGGUAUAAUGCGUUGAUCAACGAGAAGGAUAAACACGUCAAGAUUCUCAUCGAUGUCCAGGGCUCGUAG